AUGCAAGGAUUUUCUAUACCAGUAAAAGCUAAAGAUAAUUUAGAAACUGAUGAACAAGUAUUCGUAGAACAAUGUGAACAUGGUAAGGAAUUUUGUAGUUUAGUUACAAUAAGAAAAUCUGGUUAUUUCUGGUGUAACAAUAUGUGGACAGAAGAUUUAGUUCAUGAACGAAGACAAUGGGCACAAGGAGGAAUUCCUAUGGGUGAUACAAGUGUUAGUUGUUCAUUCAAUCGUACAUUAUUACGUUUAUUGAGAGAAAAAUAUGUUAUUGAAUAUCGGCCUGGUCGAGAAUAA